CGACUCCACGGCUUUAGUUCGCGUGCACCGGUGAUCGAGCGCGGUCAAACUCGGCGCAUAUUGUAGUUGUUUUUAUGUUGUCAUUCAAGGCGCUUCGCUAGUGAAUAGUGAUAAGCAGCAAUCAACACUCGAACGCUGGCCGCGCUGCACGUUUCGAAAUAAUUUUCAAAAUCGGGCGCGAAUUCGCAAUCGUAUAUUUUAAAUUACAAUUGUAAGUUAAGGAUUGACGGAUGACUGAGGUGCCAUUACCGUUUCUCUGGAGCCGAGAAACAGGAGUAAUGGAGAGCUGUUACAAACUGUACAAACUGAUCAACCACACGCUGUUGAUGCUGCUGGUGCAAAUGUUUUGGAAAGUCAGUCAAAUAUCGGACUAUUUCAAACCAAAGUCCGUUGAAGACAAAAAUAAAGAAGGAGCAUUUAUGUUCCCACCUCUAUCCAAGGAAUCAAAGUUCAGACGACACAUCAGAUCGAUGUCAGAUGUUCAAAGCAGUACACCUAACCGCCUACCGUUCAGGUCAAGGAAGGAAGUCCAUCCCACUCUCACUUACGACUCAGACACGCGUGCGAGAAGGAUAGCAUCGUAUAAUCGACAGCGGCUUCAAGACUCCUCGGAUUCGAGCGAUUACUGCGAAGCCCCAAAGCAUCUAAGCAUAGAACACAACAUCAUGAAACACUCUGAUUCAAUGAGGAUUCUCUGAUUUAUCAAAGAUCUGAACGAAGGAGGCUGAACAAUCUAGUUCAAUGCUAGUUUUUGUCUUUGACCGUAUUACUUAUUGUAAUACGUAGUAAUGGACUGUGCAAUUCUAGUAAACACGAUCCUAGCCCGAUCGGUAUUUUUAGUGAUUUUUAUGAGACUGUGGUUCAGAUAGAAUAUAAUAAUUAACUGCUAUUUAUAAACUAAAGCCUAAUAAAAAAGUGAUGUAGACUGUAA